UGCUUUUCCAUAACUCCGAGCGUUUUGGGCUGUAUGUUGUUGUUCAAGGUGGGAAGACAUAACUCUGGAGGGGUGAGAAGAGCAAUAAAUGCAUUGAUUGUUAUUCUGGUGAAAAGGCAACAUCAAGAUACCAGGACAUGGAAACUGGCUCCUCCACACUGAGGAUUGGAAUAGCAGGAUAUGGACAUCUAGGGCAGUACCUGGUGGAGAAGAUCCUUAAAGAUGGACCUGGUCUUGGUUUGAUUCUGGCUUUUGUCUGGAAUAGGAAUUCGGACAAGCUCAAGGGUGUAGUUCCUGCUGAACUUAUACUUGAAGAUUUGUCAUGCUUUGCAGACAGGAGGUGUGAUGUGAUUGUAGAGGUAUGUCAUCCACAGAUAGUGAGAGACUUUGGGCUUCAUUUUCUGUCUCAGUCUCAUUUUAUGGUGGGUUCUCCUUCUGCCCUCUCUGAUCCUGACUUGAACCAAAAACUGCGUCAGGCAUCUCUGCAAUAUAGCAGAACUCUUUAUGUCCCCAGUGGUGCAUUAUGGGGAGGCCAGGACAUCCAGAGGCUGAAUGAUAGUGGGAUAUUAAAGGCUUUGUUCAUAAGAAUGUCCAAGCAUCCAUCCUGCUUUCGGUUGACAGGAGACGUCCUCACUGACUGGACAGAAGGGGAGGGCAGACGUGUUUUAUUCAGAGGUUCAGUGGCAGAGCUGUGCCCUCUUGCUCCUAAUAACGUCAACACCAUGGCAGCUGCAGCCGUCGCAGCUGGAAAACUUGGCUUUACAGGUGUUCAGGGAGAAAUUGUAUCAGAUACAGCGUUGAAAGACUAUCAUGUAGUGGAGGUGGAAGUGACUGGGCCUGAUGGUUUCUCAGUACACACAGUGAGGAGGAAUCCAGCCAAACUUGGGGCUGUAACUGGAAGUGCAACAUACAACUCUUUCUGGAAUAGUUUACUCAUUUGCAAAGGCCACGGAGGCAGAGUUCAUUUGUGCUGAGGUGGAUGAAGAUUAUGGGGGAUUACCUACAAUGUAGGAGAUGGAUCUCCUGCCAAAUUCCAGAUUAAUGAAAUGGUUGUUGGUGGAUGUCCUUUGUGGACGUCACAUUCCUGCAUUAGUAUGUUACUGAACAUUUCCAAACUCACCAACCUUUGGAUGUGCAUUCAAAUAAACUGCUU